ACAGUCCCCCCUAUGCUUCUCUCUCCAUGUGAUUUUCUUACGAAAAGAAAAAAAAAACAAUAAUAGUUAAUAAUAAUAAAAAAUACAACACCGAUCAACAUUUGAAUCCAAAAUAAUUCCUCUUCCAAAGACCUUAUCUCCACAUUUUCACCUUGAUCUCUUUUCUCGACUGUCACUUGCCACACACACAAAGACACUUUCCUCUGUUGAUUAUUAUUAUUUUAAUUAAUAAUAAUAUUAUUAUAUAGAGCUAAAUUGAAUAAUAUUAUUAUAGAGAGCUAAAUUGUGAAAUGUUAUGCUCAUUGUGGUUGAUUUGAUCCAAUUACGUAACCGACUGUCUCUUCAGAAACGUUGUCCAUUUUGUUUUUCUUUCAAUUUUUAUUUUAUAUACGUGUGUAAUUAAUUGUGUUGGAGAAUAUCGGGAUCUGCUAUGAUUUUGAGUUGCUCAAUUCUGAUCUUUCCGGUGCUAUUGUAAAUCAACGGUUUGGAUCCGAUCGCCGGAGAAACAGCGCCAUCAGAUGGCGCUGUUCAGACGCUUCUUCUACCGGAAGCCGCCGGAUCGGCUUCUUGAGAUCUCCGAGAGAGUUUACGUGUUUGAUUGUUGCUUCUCCACGGAUGUGUUGGAAGAAGAUGAGUUUAAGGUGUACUUGGGUGGCAUUGUAGCGCAGCUACAAGACCACUUUCCUGAUGCGUCCUUCAUGGUGUUUAACUUUAGAGAAGGAGAGAGGCGGAGCCAAAUUUCGGACAUAUUGUCUCAGUAUGACAUGACAGUUAUGGAUUACCCUCGUCAGUAUGAGGGCUGUCCUAUGCUGCCACUGGAGAUGAUCCACCACUUCCUUAGAUCCAGCGAAAGCUGGCUGUCCUUGGAAGGGCAACAAAAUGUGCUGUUAAUGCAUUGUGAAAGAGGAGGUUGGCCUGUACUUGCUUUCAUGCUUGCAGGUCUUUUGUUAUAUCGGAAACAGUAUACUGGGGAGAACAAGACUCUUGAAAUGGUCUACAAGCAAGCUCCUAGGGAACUUCUUCAUCUUUUGUCUCCUUUAAAUCCACAGCCUUCCCAACUUAGAUAUCUUCAGUACAUUUCUAGAAGAAAUUUUGGUUCAGAUUGGCCUCCAUCAGAUACUCCUUUACUGUUGGAUUGUCUGAUGCUUAGAGCCCUUCCAUUAUUUGAGGGGGCCAAAGGUUGCCGGCCAGUUGUUCGUGUUUAUGGCCAGGAUCCUUCAAAACCAGCCAAUAGAACUUCCAAGCUGUUGUUUUCUACGUCAAAGACUAAAAAACAUGUUCGCCUGUACCAGCAGGAAGAGUGCACGCUAGUGAAAAUAGAUAUAAGGUGCCGUAUUCAAGGGGAUGUUGUUCUUGAGUGCAUCCAUUUGGAUGAAGAUUUGGUACGUGAGGAGAUGAUGUUCAGAGUGAUGUUCCACACAGCAUUUGUGCGGGCCAAUAUUUUGAUGCUCAUUCGUGAUGAGAUUGACACUCUCUGGGAUGCCAAGGACCAAUUUCCAAAGGACUUCAGAGCAGAGGUACUUUUUGCGGAUGCUGAUGCUGUUGUGCCUAAUGUCACCACAGUCAUGGCGAAUGAAGAUGGGAAUGAGACAGAAAGUGCUUCACCUGAGGAAUUUUUUGAGGUGGAAGAAAUUUUCAGCAGUGUAGUGGAUGGGCAUGAAGCAAAGGUGGAUGAGGCUUCUCAUAUAGUUCAUGACAACAUGCCAGUUAAUGUAGACAGCAAAGAAGUCUGGAAGGAGGAUUCGGAUCUUCACUCAUUUGAAGACUGUGCUUCUGAUGAUGGGAAUCGCAAACAGGAGGGGAAGCUAGAUUCUAGUGUUGAUGCAGUGAAGGAUAUUGCUGUGGAUGAUGUCAAGUACAAGGUAGAUGAGAAGGUGGAUACUGAUUUUUUGGCAGUGAAAGACAUUGCUGUGGAUGAUGGGGAUCUCAAGGCAGAUUCUGUGGUUGUUGCUACUGAUACACUGAGUAAAGAAACAACAGAAGUGAUUGAAGAUGUGGAUGGGGAACUUAAAAAGAUGGAAGAUCAAGGUGAUGGAGAAAAUACUUCUACAAAGAAGUUAGAAUCCAUCAUUCCACCAGUAAAGUUGAGUGCUGAUGUUGGCAGACAAAAACUUGAGAAAUUAGUGUUACCUUCACCAAGGAGACAUCCUACAUCAAAUGCAAAACCGGCUGCAGAUUCAAUUGUAACCAAACAAAAGACUAAACAACAUGAACCACAGGGAACUAAUGGAAAACAAAGCAAGCCAAAUACUGUUCCUCGGUGGGUUCCCCCUAAUAAAGGCCCUUUUACCAAUUCAAUGCAUGUAGCAUAUCCACCAUCAAGAUAUAAUAGUGCACCACCAGCUCUUGGAUUUUGUGCUUCAACAACGGACUCUAGUGCCGGUGGCCAUGUAAAGACGACUUCUGUUGCUGCUGACCCUGGAGAUUUAAUUUCAAGUGGGUUUCCUACUACAACUGAAUCACAUCCUUCUCUUGACUGGCAACAAGUUGUGCACCCUCCGCCUCCACCUCCGCCUCCGCCGCCUCCUCCUCCUCUGCCUCCGCCGCCGCCUCCUCCUCCUCCGCUUUAUUUCAACAAAUCUUCAUUGUAUGAUUUUCAGGCCAGUCCAGUAGGUGAAGCACCUCCCCCAGCACCAGCACCAGCACCAGCACCAGCACCUCCUCCUCCUCCGCCUCCUCCUCCUCCUCCUCCGCCAUCCUCAUCAUUUAGCAGGCAGAAUAUUCAGAUAGUUCCACAGCAUGUAUCUCCACCACCACCCCCUCCCUUACCCCCUCUGUCCAGUGGACAGAAUAUCAGGAAGGUUUUGCCUCCCCCACCUCCCCCACCCCCUUGGAAUUCUAAUUAUACUCCAGCUGCUCUUGCUCCAACUUAUUCUUCACCAUCUCCUCCCCCUUUGAGUGCUUCUACUACUUCAUAUCAUGGCAGAGUUGGAGUUCCCAAUCCACCUCCACCUCCACCUCCACCUCCACCUCUUACACAUGCUUCACAUAGAGCUCCCCCACCCCCACCCCCUCCCCCUCCCUUGCAACCAGCACAUGGAGCUCCACCGCCCCCACCUCCACCUCCACCUCCUUUACUUGGAACUCCUCCAUCACCUCCAUUUAUGAGUCAGGCUCCUCCGUCACGACCACAUCCUCCAAGACAUGUAGCUCCUCCUCCACCUCCACCACCACCACCACCUCCUCCUCCAGGACGUGUAGCUCCUCCACCACCGCCUCCUCCUCCAGGGCGUGGAGUUGCUGCUCCUCCAGGAUGUGCAGUUCCUCCACCACCUCCUCCUCCUCCAGGGCGUGGAGCUCCUCCUCCACCACCACCUCCUCCGGGGAGACCCCCGCCUCCCCCGCCUCCUCCUAUAGGUCGUGGAGCCCCGCCUCCCCCGCCACCUCCGGGGCGUGGAGCCCCGCCUCCCCCGCCUCCUCCUAUGGGUCGUGGAGCCCCGCCUCCCCCGCCUCCUCCUAUGGGUCGUGGAGCCCCGCCUCCCCCGCCUCCUAUGGGUCGUGGAGCCGGCCCGCCUCCUCCAGCUCCACCAGGUGCUCGUGUUCCUGGCCCUCCAGCACCACCAGGACCUCCAGGCAGUGCACCUCCUCCACCUCCAGGCAGUGCCAGAGGUCUCCCUUUAGGAAGAGGGCGUGGGCUUUCACGUCUUUCAGGGAUGGGGACAUCCGCUACAGCACCCAGAAGAUCUUCCUUAAAGCCUUUGCAUUGGAGCAAGGUAACAAGAGCAAUACAAGGAAGCUUAUGGGAAGAGCUGCAAAGGCAUGGAGAGCCCCAAAUUGCACCGGAAUUCGAUGUAUCAGAGCUAGAAAGCCUUUUCUCUGCAACCGUCCCCAAACCUGCUGAUUUGGGUAAAGCUGGAGGAAGACGCAAGUCUGUUGGAUCAAAAACUGACAAAGUUAACCUGAUUGAUCUGCGGAGGGCAAAUAACACUGAAAUCAUGCUUACAAAAGUUAAGAUGCCACUUUCUGACAUGAUGGCUGCGGUACUAGCAAUGGAUGACUCAAUAUUAGAUGUUGAUCAAGUGGAAAAUCUUAUAAAGUUCUGUCCCACUAAAGAGGAGAUGGAACUUCUCAAGGGCUACACUGGUGACAAGGAGAAACUGGGAAAGUGUGAACAGUACUUCUUGGAGCAGAUGAAAGUGCCACGUGUUGAGUCCAAGUUGAGGGUAUUUUCUUUCAAGAUUCAAUUUGGCUCUCAGAUUUCAGAGUUUAAAAAGAGCUUAAACACUGUAAAUUCUGCAUGUGAUGAGGUCCGGAAUUCCCUCAAAUUGAAAGAUAUUUUGAAGAAAAUUCUUUAUCUUGGGAAUACACUGAAUCAAGGAACUGCACGAGGUUCUGCAAUUGGAUUCAAGUUGGACAGUCUCUUAAAACUCACUGAUACGCGCGCUUCGAACAACAAGAUGACACUUAUGCAUUAUCUUUGCAAGGUCCUUGCUGCUAAGUCACCAAUGCUUCUAGAUUUUCACCGGGACCUUGUUAGCCUUGAAACUGCAUCUAAGAUACAAUUGAAGUCUUUAGCAGAAGAAAUGCAGACUAUCAUCAAGGGAUUAGAGAAGGUUAAGCAGGAGCUGGCAGCAUCAGAAAAUGAUGGUCUUGUAUCUGAAGUUUUUCGGAAGACACUAAAACAAUUCAUUGGUGUUGCUGAGACGGAGGUGGCGUCCGUGACAAAUUUCUAUGCUGUGGUGGGUAGAAAUGCGGAUGCCCUUGCACUGUACUUUGGUGAGGAUCCAGCCCGUUGCCCAUUUGAGCAAGUUACCACUACUCUCUUAAAUUUUGUGAGAUUGUUUCGUAAAGCGCAUGAAGAAAAUUUGAAACAGGCUGAAUUGGAGAAGAAGAAAGCUGAGAAAGAGGCUGAAAUGGAGAGAGGAAAGGGAAUAAAUCUUACAAAGAAGAACAUGAAAUAGCUGUGAAUUGGUUUCUUCCUUUUUCUUGCUUGGCAAUUUGAGGUCCCCUGCUACAACAACCACCUGCCAGAGUUUUUCAGAUUGAACGGUGGCGCACGCUGCUGAGUAUUGGUGUCAAACAUCCGAAUCCCUGCUCCAAUAUUCACCAGUACGGUGCGAAUACAACCCUUAAAAGUGAUAUUGACAAGGCAAGCGCGCCAUUCCACGAGGCCUGCAGAACCUACCUUAAGCUAUAUUCAGUGAAGAAUGUGUUCAUUUUGCUAGGGCAUGCUGGGUGGUUAAGAACACUGACCAGCGGUGGUUCCGUGCAUGAUAUAAAAGAUGCUGGAUGUGGCCUCGACGCCUCAUUGAGAAGAAAUUUUGUAGUUUUGGUGAAUCCUCAUUAUACAGUAGCUGAUUCGGUUUCCUGCUUCGUCAUUUGUUUGGCAUAAUUUUUUCUGCACCAGAGCGGAUGUAAAAGCCGCCAAGUGACAGUGUACCAUGAAACCAUGUACAAAGCUCUAACCCAACACUAACGCUAGAAUUUAAUUUGUUUCUUGUAACAUAGGGAGCAACCUUCCCCUUCUCUUCUUAAUUUUUUCUAAUAGAGAUUUUGACUUGGCACGUCGCAAAAGAUGUAUAGGUUUUCAGGUGACGGGUUGCUCUUGGUGUAAUUGUAACAUAACAGCCAAAAAAAAAAAAAAAAAUAUAGCUUGCAGACAGUUUUCACUGUUGUUUCAUAAUUUAAUUAUUAAACAUGGGGGAUUCAUGAAA